AUGUUGUCUCUCCGCCUACCUGUGACAUCUCCACUGCAGUGUGACCGUUAGAACCAGCAGGGGUUGCUGGAUAAGGAGCUGCCUCUCAUCUGAUACGUAAGGACACUUUGAUAAAGAAGGAGCCAUGGCUGUCUGCCUGCUGGUGAUGAUCUACCUGUGUCUUCAGAUCUGUAUGAUCACCGGCCAUAUGGAAAACACUCCAUGGACAGCGGAGAAAAAUUCUCAUCGCCCUCUGGUUUUGCGUACAACUGAUGUCCGGCGUGUUCUGACUCAGACGGACAUAUUGGAAAUGUGGAAGAUGGAUCUGAAACCCAUUCUAAUUGAAAGGUUUUCUGGAUCUCCAGGGAAUUAUGCAGUACGGCAGCACAUAAAGCAAAGACUGCAAAGACUCCAGGCUGGUUGGCAUAUAGAAGAAGAUUCCUUCCAAAGUCAGACCCCUUUUGGAUAUGUAAUGUUCUCCAAUGUUGUUGCUACCCUGAAUCCUACUGCCAAGCGUCAUUUAGUCCUUGCUUGCCACUAUGAUUCAAAAUACUUCAGUCCAGAGUGGGAUGGCAGAGUAUUCGUUGGAGCUACUGAUUCAGCUGUUCCAUGUGCAAUGCUGUUAGAGCUAGCUCGAUCACUAGAUUCUCGUCUUCAGCAAUUAAAGCAAAGAAAUUCAAGUAAAAAGCCAGACCUUUCUCUUCAACUAAUAUUUUUUGAUGGUGAGGAAGCAUUUCGUCAAUGGUCUCCAUUUGAUUCCCUCUAUGGGUCCCGGCAUUUAGCACAGAAGAUGGAGAACACUCCUCACCCAUCUAAUUCUGAAAACACAAAUCAGCUCCAUGGUAUCGACUUAUUAGUUUUGCUUGAUCUCAUUGGAGCUCCGACACCUGUUUUCCCAAACUACUUUCAAAAUACAAUUCGCUGGUAUAACAAACUUCAGUCUAUUGAACGAAGACUCUCCCACUUGGGCUUGUUGAACAAUCAUCCAUCUGAAACAAUGUAUUUUCUAAAUGGUUUGCGGGCAAGACAAGUUAUUGAUGACCAUGUUCCAUUUUUAGAAAGGGGUGUUUCAGUCCUGCACCUUAUUCCGUCACCCUUUCCAGCUGUUUGGCACACAUUUGAAGAUAAUGAAGAAAACCUAGAUUCUUCAACUAUUGACAAUAUCAAUAAAAUUCUUCAGGUGUUUAUUCUAGAAUAUCUUAAUAUAUGAUUGUACUGUUUAAAUUAUUUAGUUUAGAUAUUCAGUUCUGAAUACUUACUUUAAUGUAUUACAAAUGUUUUAUUGUAAAAAGUAAGACCAAGCAAACACAGUAGUUAAGACAGCAACUGUGCUAAAAUUAAAACGUUCACUCAAUUUACCAUAA